AUGGAUAGAGCCUUUGAUUGGACGGCUUCACAGACAGACAUCUAUACAGCUUUGGGAAAGAAAGUCGUCGAUGGAAUCACGAUUGGACUCAACGGAACAAUAUUUGCAUACGGACAAACUGGAAGUGGUAAAACGUACACAAUGGCCAACGAGCAAGGCAUAAUUCCAAGAUGUAUCGACGAUCUCUUCAGUUUCCUCAAAGCCAAGACCGACCAGCUGACCAGAGACGAAUUCCAAAGCGAAAUGCACAUCUCUUAUGUGCAGCUGUAUCAAGAAGAAUGGUAUGACUUGCUGGAUGGCAACGUAAAACUUCAAUUUCGUACAUCGACGGGAUUAAAUUCCAAGCGGUUCAAGGUUACUUCCCCAGCGGAAGCUCUGAAGCUUCUUUCCGAAGGAUGGAAUGCAAGAAAGACGGCGGAAACGAGGAUGAACAGAGCAUCGAGUCGAUCCCACUGCGUUUUCGUGAUCGAGCUUACAACGGAAGAACUUGUCGACGACCUUGCGGAGCGGCGCACCUCAAAACUACACCUCGUUGAUUUGGCUGGAUCGGAGCGCAUUGCACAAACUGGCGUGGAAAGCUUGACAUGCCUUGCCCGUGUAAUGCGGCAGCUGUCAGAAAAGAAGUCGGUCAUCAGCUACAGGGACUCGAAGCUCACUCUCUUCUUGAAGGAUUCACUUGGCGGAAAAGCGCGCACAUCCAUUGUUGUCACGGUUCAUUCGGAGAAAAGUUAUUUGACGAACAUCAUAUCUUCUUUGCAAUUCGCUCGUGACUGCCGUACGAUUGAAAACCAUCUUCAAGUUAACAUGAAAAUUACGGGCAACACAGUGAUGGCUUUGAGCAACAAAGUGAACAACCUGAAUCAGCAAUUCCAAGAUGCACAAUUAGAGUACAAAGCAAUGUUACAAAGUCUUCAAGAAGAAAACGAAGCGUUUAAACGGUUGACCUUGAAACAAAGCGCCGAAAUCGACGCUUUGAAAACAAAGCUUUGUUUUGAAGAUGAGCGACUUGCUUUGCAAACUCCAAAAACAUCUGCCAAACGCCGCCGCACUUUAUAUGCGUCAUCGGAAGAAGUUCGCAGAUCCGUAGAAAGGACCCGAACACGAACACUCAAGUUUGACGACGAAGAGGAAGUAGCACCACACGUGUACAUUGCUGAAAAAAACAUGGCCUCAUUUUCCCAAGAAGAAAACAAAGAGAAUGAUCUAGAAAUUGAGCUGAAUUAUCAUAGACAACUUAUUGAAGAGAAAAAUCAGGAAAUUCUGGCCCUAAAGGAUCAAGCAAAUGCGGUUCAAGCAGAAGCACAAAUACGGGCUGAAAGUUUGACGAAGCAAUUGGAGGAAGGACGUAGAACGAUAGGCUGGCUAGAGAGAAACAACCUGGAGAUGACGAAACAGAAUGCAAAUUUGAUUAAGGAGAAGCAAUCAAUCGAGUCACAACUGAUGGAUGUUCAGUCAGCACACAGAAAAACGAUGGAGCUGCUUGACGAUCAGACACAAGCCACUUUGCAAUUGCGUGGAAAGAACGAACAACUUGAAAACCAAAUUGAGGAGUUCCGAGUAGCACAUAAAAAAACUGCAGCGACCCUUGACAAGGAGAAACACCUCAACGAAGAUCAAGUGAAAGCGCUCAGAGAAGAACAUCGCAAACAAACGCAGAAACUCGAGUCUGCGCAUCAACAGAAGUUAGAAAGUUCGAUCAAGGAGAAACAAGCAAUUGAGUCACAGCUGAUGGAGGUUCAGUCAGCGCACAGAAAAACGAUGGAGCUGCUUCACGAUGAGACACAAGCCACCUCACAACUUCGUGAAAAGAACGAACAACUUGAGAACCAAAUUGAAGAGUUCCGAAUAGCACAGGAAAAAACUGCAGCGGCCCUUGUCAAGGAGAAGCAGCUCAACCAAGAUCAGCUGAAGGCGUUAAGAGAGGAGCAUCACAAACAAACGCAGAAACUCGAGUCUGCGCAUCAACAGGAGUUAGAAAGUUCGGUCAAGGAGAAACAAGCAAUUGAGUCACAGCUGAUGGAGGUUCAGUCAGCGCACACGAAAACAGCGGCUCUUCUCAAAGAUCAAAUACAACUCACUCCGCAACUUCGUGAAAAGAACGAACAACUCGAAGACCAAAUUGAAGAGUUGCGAGUAGCACAUGAAAGAACUGUAGCGGCCCUUGACAAGGAGAAGCAGCUCAACCGAGAUCAAGUGAAAGCGCUCAGAGAAGAACAUCGCAAACAAACGCAGAAACUCGAGUCUGCGCAUCAACAGGAGUUAGAAAGUUUGCAGGAAAGACAGGCUUUGGCUACGCGCUUACAUGAACAAUCCGUCCAGGAGUGGCAAAAAAAGUUGGACACAAUCAACACGAACUAUGCCGAUCAGGACUUGGAGAAGAAAAGUCUUGCUUCUCAACUUUCUUCGCAACGACACGAUCUGCAGGAGGCACUCGACAGGAAUCGAUCACUGGAAGUUGAGAGAAGGGACUUGGAAACAAAGAUCAUGGCUCUUGAACGAAAUGAGGAAAAUGUGAAACUAGCCAACGAGAAGAUCGGUGUUUUGACAAAGGAAUUGGAAGAAACUAAGAAAAAAUUAACCUCGGAGGUGGGCCACCGGAACACAGCUCAAAAAAUCCACGAGAUGCAGCGCCUUCUUACGGAAAAAAGCGAAUUGAAAAACCAGCUGCUGGCGUACCAACAAACGCUUGCCAAAGCUAACAAAGAAUUGCUGAAAGCUGGAUUACGCCAAGCGAAGCUACCCUCGCCACAGAGUGACGCACCAACAACAAGCCGUGUCACUCGCGCUCAAUCAUCCGCGAACCAAUCAAAGAAA